CCCUGUUACCCUGUCCAGGCACCUCUGCUCUCGGAUUUGCCUUCCUUCCGCAGCUCUCAGACAAUGGUUUCCCUAAUCUCUGACUUGGACUCCCUGAGAGCCUGGAAAGUGUUAAGAGAGACUGCCACAGAAUUAUCUGGAAGUCCACCAAGUAACGGCACAGCCAACAAGAUGAACGGAGCUUUGGAUCAUUCAGACCAACCAGACCCAGAUGCCAUUAAGAUGUUUGUCGGACAGAUCCCUAGAUCCUGGUCAGAAAAGGAGCUGAAAGAACUUUUUGAGCCUUAUGGAGCUGUCUACCAGAUCAACGUCCUCCGAGACCGGAGUCAGAACCCUCCCCAGAGUAAAGGUUGUUGUUUCGUAACAUUUUAUACAAGAAAAGCUGCACUUGAGGCCCAGAAUGCACUGCACAAUAUUAAAACUUUACCUGGGAUGCAUCAUCCCAUUCAGAUGAAACCUGCAGAUAGUGAAAAGUCAAACGCUGUGGAAGAUCGAAAAUUGUUCAUAGGAAUGGUUUCAAAGAAAUGUAAUGAGAAUGAUAUCAGAGUGAUGUUUUCUCCAUUUGGCCAAAUAGAAGAAUGCCGAAUUCUCCGGGGACCCGACGGGCUGAGUCGAGGCUGUGCGUUUGUCACAUUUUCUACAAGGGCAAUGGCACAGAAUGCAAUCAAAGCCAUGCAUCAGUCUCAGACCAUGGAGGGUUGCUCUUCACCUAUCGUGGUGAAGUUUGCUGACACUCAGAAGGACAAAGAGCAAAGACGCCUCCAGCAGCAGCUUGCACAGCAGAUGCAACAGCUCAACACUGCCACUUGGGGGAACCUGACAGGGCUGGGCGGACUUACCCCACAGUACCUGGCGCUUCUGCAGCAGGCCACCUCCUCCAGCAACCUGGGUGCAUUCAGCGGCAUUCAGCAAAUGGCUGGCAUGAAUGCUUUACAAUUACAGAAUCUGGCAACACUGGCUGCUGCUGCAGCUGCCGCCCAAACCUCAGCCACCAGCACCAAUGCAAACCCUCUCUCUACCACAAGCAGUGCCCUGGGAGCCCUCACAAGUCCCGUGGCUGCUUCAACCCCCAAUUCUACUGCUGGUGCAGCCAUGAAUUCCUUGACCUCUCUUGGAACUCUCCAAGGAUUGGCUGGAGCCACUGUCGGAUUGAAUAAUAUUAAUGCACUAGCAGUUGCUCAAAUGCUCUCAGGUAUGGCGGCUCUGAAUGGAGGACUUGGCGCCACAGGCUUGACGAAUGGCACGGCUGGCACCAUGGACGCCCUCACCCAGGCCUACUCAGGAAUCCAGCAGUACGCGGCAGCUGCACUGCCCACUUUGUACAGCCAGAGCUUGCUGCAACAGCAGAGUGCUGCAGGCAGCCAGAAGGAAGGUCCAGAGGGGGCAAACCUCUUUAUUUACCACCUUCCACAGGAGUUUGGAGACCAGGACAUUCUGCAGAUGUUCAUGCCCUUUGGAAAUGUUAUCUCUGCUAAAGUCUUCAUUGACAAACAGACCAAUCUGAGCAAGUGCUUUGGUUUUGUUAGCUAUGACAAUCCAGUCUCUGCGCAAGCUGCAAUCCAGGCUAUGAACGGCUUUCAGAUCGGCAUGAAACGCUUGAAGGUGCAGCUGAAGCGCUCCAAAAAUGACAGCAAACCUUACUGAUCCUAACCCCAGAAGCUCCCUGCUCUUAUUUUAGCUUUCUUAGGACAUCUUCAUGCCCGUUAGUUCACCGUUUGCCUAGCAUGUCCCUGUGGCGUCUCAAAAAAGUUCCAUCGUCCCGUCAUUGUUUCUGAUGUCUUUCUGACCUCACAUCAUAUUUGGUUCUCCUACUGACCUUUGAUCUAGUUUGACCUUUGAAAUUUGCAUGUGACCUCAUCUAGCUAUGAAUUCUGGGAAGUCAAUGUGAAAAACAUUGCUGCAUUCAUGCAAGACUGAAAUUAUUAGACAAAUUAUAGAAAAAAAACCUGUGGCAAAAAUGUUUUUUUUUCUUAUUUUUUUUUUCAUAAAACAGACUUGAAAGUAUUACACAGGGAUUGGCAUUCUUCCCGGUCACUGGUGACAAUAGCAAUAUGUGUCCAGGGACACAGAAUGUUGGUUUCUAACAGACUACUUCCAAAAACAGUUUGAGAAAAAAAAAACUGUCUGAUUUUAAGUCUCUAGAGGUCUGUAAUAGUUUUUACAUUUUUCAGGCAGUGUAAAGUUUUUGAUAAGGCCAUUUUAGGUGGCUCACUUUCUCAUUAAGAUAUAUAUAUAUAGAACCACUUUUUGUAGAUUAGUAUAAGAAAAAUAUUUACCCUGUUUUGGGGCAAAUGCUACCUAUUUGUGUCACCUUUUGCUGAACUGACUCACAGUUAGACAAUCCAUGGUUUAAUGCACAUGAAAUUACCUAUAUUUUAUACUGUGUCAAUGUACAGGAGAAAGGUCGCUGUAGCUGUCAUGUUGGUGCUUCUGUGGAUUUAGUUGUGGUCUCAUCAUGAGUCUCGAGGUCUUAAUGUCAUUUGUUGAUAAGACAAGCUUAGAAUUGGUUUACUUAAAACAAAACAAAAAAAAGAAUUAAAAAAAAGUUGUUUGCUUAAAAAAAAUAAUUUCAUGUGAGAGAAAAAAAAAACUAUUCCAGAAUAAGUUUUGUGUUGGCUUGAGAAGCAUUGCUGUCACUUUUUUUAUUGUGGAUAUUAGAUGUGUUUGUGUUCAGCAAAAUGUGAUCUGUUUUGUUUUUUCUUUUAAAGAAAAAAGUGAAAACUAUAUAGUGCCAAAUUCCAAAGGUACUUCCUCCCUAGAGCUUCGGUGUGUUUCUUGUGAGAAGUAAUUUGAUAACAUGGGUAUUUUAUUAUGUGUUUUGUAUAAAUCCCUAAUAUUUAAAAAAAAGGUUACAAAGUUUGUUAACUUGCUAUUCUGUGGUCUUGUUGCCUGAAAUUGUUAUUGUUUGUUAUUUCUCUACGCUGUUUUUUGUAAGACAUUGUACAAGUGCCCGUGUCUCACUUUUUACCACUCUGCACAUCAAUGCUGUGAAGGCGACCCUCACAAUGUAUUUUCUUCAUAAUAUCUGCAAACCUCUAAGGUGAGAAAGUCUUGAACUUUUAACCCUUUCUACCCAGAGCUAUCUGGAAUGUUGGUAACUUUUUAUAUUGUCAUCCUUGGGUUGUUUGGGGGUGUUUCUGAUUUGGAUUUUUCCUUCUAUAUAUCUUCUAAGUUCUUAUUUUUGUUUUUUAAGACCCCCCUCCCACCCAAAAACUUUUUCCUAUACCAUUUUUUUAUUUUCUUUUUUAUUCCCCCUCCUUCCUAUUAUCCUAUGCUCCUUUAGUUUCAAUUUAAAAGAUUGAGUUAAACCCUGUGAAGGUAAAAACAGGUAGACUUAGUCCCAACAUAAGCCCUAAAAACACUAUUUGCUUUUUGAGAUCAGGUUUCAUGGUAUGUCCAAGUAUACAAUAUUUCCAUACACCCUGCAGUUAAAUGGCUUUUGUAUGGUCCAAUCUUUCAAGGAAUUUUGCUUUCAUUUCUUAAACACUCCUAAGUAAUGCUGAAUCAGCCAUUGUGCUAGGGAUUCUUGGACUCCAGUGGACACUUGAAUAAGCAAGGUGUCCGUGGGAAAAGCCCACAGGCCUUUCCUUGCCUCUCUGGUUUUCUAGGGUGUUUUGACUUUUGAUUGAACACAUUUAAAGGGGCUGACCAUAUAAGAGGAGCUCAAUUCUGUUCUUCACCAUAGUUACUAACCAAAUACCCAGGACCAGGUCCUGCUGCCACUUUUUAAAGUGCCGUAUUCCGCUGAGUCUGGCUUUGUAUGAACAGAAGUCUUGUUCUGAGAGACCCUAAUGUCAUACCUACAGUCCCAGUCCACACCCAGCCUCGGGUAAAGCAUGCCCUCCCAGCUUCUGGUCUCAGCCCCCCUUUCCUUCUUGCCCACCCCAUGGGUUAGUGUGUGUGUGAAUGUGAUAGCCCUGAGACGGAAAGGAUUAGCCUCUCACAAUGCAAAAAACAAGUUUCCUCCCACAGCACGUGCACUUCCAAUGACAUGAUUCGUGUUACCCACACCUGUUUACUACUGCCGGGGCCUUCCUUCAUCCUUGAGGGCUAUUUUGUACUUUCUGCAGCACUCAGCUUAAUAACAAAGUGGUCACACACAUUUCUCAGUCUCUACUAUAUGGUGGUGUGUAGAUACACGUGUAGAAACACAAGAGAAUACCAGUUGUAUUUCAUAGACCGUCUCAUUCAGAAUCUAUUCAUUUAUCAAUGGCAUAAAUCUCAAAAAAAUCAGACUUUUUUUUUCCCCAUGGAUGCAAACUGCCCUCCUUCCUCUUAACCCACCUGCAGUCCCCCGCAGAGGCUCGGGCCAGGCAGGCACUUUCUGUUGAGUGUUUCUAAUUUUGCAGGCAACCAAGACAGUACAUUGAGGGGGAGGUUUUUGGUUUUGCAUGUUUCAUUGUAAGAAAGAUAACCUUCCUCAGAGACAAACUGUCCUUUAUCUUUCGAUGUCAAAAGGAAAAAGCUGCAAGGGUGUACAGGGCCUGUUUCUGGAAGACAAAACACAGGGAAGCUGCGUUUUUAGGAAUCAAGUGUAGACCAUAGUCUUUCAAACUCACUCAGAGAACUCUGAUCAGAGCGCACCUCCAAGGUGUAACAAGUUCAUCUUUCUUUCACCGCAGGGGUUCUAGUUCUUUGGCUUGUGCUACUCUGGAAUCAUUUACUGUUUCUGUUUUUAUUAUCUUAAGUGCUAAUUAAAAAGAAAUAAAAUUUUAAAAAAAUGUAGUUUCAUUACCUUUUGAAUAAUGUCAUACAAAAAAAUGUAUUUGUGUUUUUUGUGCUGUGGGAAUUGUUGUUUGUAGAUUAAUAAUACCAUUUUGUUUAGAAUUACAAAGUAGUUUUUAAAUAUUGUCUGAGAAAAGCCAAAGUUAAUGCAACCUAGUGGAAACUGUAAGACCAUUUGAGUAUUGUUUCUGUUUUAUUGAUGCAUUUGGAUUUUGUUGUUUGAUGGAAUUUGAGCCAAAAAACAAAAACGCAGGCUUUCCUAUUUCUACACCUGAUUGUACUUAUGCAUUUUGUACCAGUGGGAUUUUUUAUACUGGAGAUUAAAAAAAUGGAAAUUUUUGUGGCUUACUCUUGUGGGCCCCUGACAAUGACUGAUUUCAAGUUUGAUUUCUGGUUGAUAGAAAGAAAGUUGCUUUUCUUUUAAGAAUUAAAAACUUUGGCUUGAUUUCUUUUUUCCCUUUGCUUAUAUCUAGCAUUAGAAUUUUGUCUUAAAAUACAGCGGUAAGUUUCACUUUUUAUUCUGUAUUGUGCAGUUACACAAUAAGAUAAUUAGACUUAGAAGUACUCAGUCACUUUAAGUGGAUAAAUGUAUUAGUUAAACUUUAGGAGUUUGCUUUUUUGCUGUUUAGAUCGAGGUUUUUUCUGACCCUUCUGUCCUCAUUGUGAACAUAACCGUGUAGUUGAAACAGUCAGACUUAUUUUUGUAAUGUAUGUUACUGUGUGAUGCGGUUUUUUGCUUCUGUCUCCAAUAUUAAACCAUUUUCCUAAUAAUUGUUUCUCUCUCUGCGUGUUGUAUCGUUGGUGGUCAUUCUGUGUUGGUGAUGCAUCUACACACCUCACUGUUGCACGUAUGUUUUUUUCUAUAUGUUGUGUAAAAAGAUACAGUCGAUUCCACCUAAGUGAAUAUCUGAUUUGGGAGACGAGGAAACUGCGCAUCCCACCCCCUGGUUCAUGCAUAGCCUACCCUAACCGCUGCUUCCAGGGCAAUACGCCUUUUCCCAGUGAUUCAUCCAAUCUGCCUACAGGGCUGGACUUGGCGAGGCCUUUAAGGGCUUUUGACCACAUGUGUUCCUUUCCCUUUGCUCCCCUCUCCCUCAUACCCACAGUUCCUAACCAACCUUAGGAAGAGCAGAAGCGGUAGACCCAGGGUUUCUUCUGUCUGUCCUCAAGUCCCAAGUCAUAUCACUACAGUCAAACUUAGAAAGGGAUCGUCUUUGCAAGAGGUGAGCCCUCAGGGAAGGACAGAAUAAAACUAGCUGAUCAACAGGGGCAUAAAAAGAGUUAAACUUGGCUGUCUGCUACAUCAGUUGAUAUAUGGAUAGAAAUGCAUUUCUUCAUGCUAAUCAUUUUAAUCCAGGUGUAGCUUCAAUUAUUACAACUGACAGACAUGGGAAGACUGCCAGGUUCUCUAGUGAAAGCAGAAAUGAAUAAGGGAGGUUGGGUGGGGGACUUGUAGAGUUGUAGCUCAUGAUGCCAUAGGUCCAUGUUCCCUCCUGGGUGGACACAGGAUAGGAACGAGCUGGGCUCCCACUGUCCCCCAGCCCCUGAUCAGAGAACAUCCCCACUCUCCCUGCAGUGAGAGCCACAAGCCUACCUUGCUCAGGAAUCUGGCUCCCCUCAAGGUGUUCCUCACAGAUACCAUGGCUGUCUACUCUCCUCCCUCCUCUUCUCACUCCUCCUAACCUUUCAGUACACACAUCAGGUCACCCUGAGCCUGGUACAGCUCUGGCUGCCCACCCUCUGAUUUCAGAAGGCCCCUCAGGCCCCUGUUCUUCAGUCAGAUCAGCAACCUCGGGCCUACCAAGCAGAAGAAGGUGGCUCUUUCCUUAGGCUGCACACCUCACCGGGAAUGAGUUUCAGAGUUCUAAACCUACACUGAGGGAAGCUGAUUUCUAGUGAUGCUUCUGCUGUCCGUCUCACUGCCUAGUCAGUCUGCCUCUGAAGGGCACUGCUUCUGUUAGCGAGGAAAGAUGGGCACGGUGUGAUGGCUUUUCCUGUCUUUUCUGGAAGAAGGGGUGGCAUAAGGGAGGGGAAACUGGGGAAAGAGGAUGAUCACAUUCUCCCCAGGGUGUGUUUCUUCUGGAAGUGCAAAUAUGGCCACCAUUCAACACAAGGCAUAACGUUCACGCACAGAAAGACAAAGUGGGUUUCCCCACCGAAGACACAAAGGCUCGUUCCUGUAAGCACGUGUGACCAUCAAGUUGGCCACUACUUAAAUUCGCACUCGGUGUUGAUUCUGUAAAACCCCACUAUGGCGUGAGCAGGUCUGUCUACGGCCCGCACACAGACCACUUUGAGAAACCACAGAACCAUAUACAUUUCCUGGCUGGUGGACGCCACAUUGCCUGCCAGGCCACAGCAAUGGGGUGUGAGCCGCAGGCUCAUAGCUAGCAAGCUAGGCGAUGCAGUGAACAUACGCGGACCAUGAAUCGUUCCUGAUAAGUGAAUAAAACAUUGUGGCCAGACAAUCAGCUUAUUCACUUAUCAGGAAUCGACUGUUCUACUAAUUCACUGUUUUUGUUUUUCAUUUCUGUUGUAAUUCACUAUUUUUGCUGUGUUCUGUUUUUUUUCCUCUCAUGCUUGGGCAAAAUCACUGGGAAUAUUAUCUUCAUGUGACCAUGAACCAUUUCUAUUGAGUGAAAAUGGUAUCUUAACAAAAUCUAUGCACUUGCUAUCAGGAACACAAUACUGGAUGUGUCUUAUAUAUAUUGAACUAUAUAGUACUCGAUUUCUUAAAUAAAGCUUAAGAAAGGA